AUAAACACACAAAACAGUGUUGUUUUGAAAUUUCGUUAGAACCCAAGAAUAAAGUGUCCUCGGUUCAAAAGUGUGCUAUUUCAUAAAAUCUCUAGUAUUUUAGGUUACUUUCAGUUCAAUGUUAUACGUACUCCAACUACUUUUAAUAAAAUGGCCUGUUUGUCGAGGGAAAUAUUGAGACAAAAAUAAAUUUAUCGUGAUAUAGCUGUAAUGCAACAUACAUUUGAUAUAAAAAAAAUAUUUUUUGAAAAAAAAUCAAAGACUGAAGUUUUGGGAAUUUUCGUCUACGGUUUUUUUCCACUUUAUACAAUAAAUUAUUUGAAUAAAUUAAAAUAUAAUGGAUAAUUUAAAUGGAUCAAUUGAAAAUACAACAAUAAAUAUUACGGAUGAUAUUGAUUUACCUGGUCUACGUGUACCUGAUAUGAAACGUAUUAAAAAUGCACGUAAAGAACGUGCAAAUCAAUUAAAAGAAUGGCAAAUUUAUGAUAAAAAAAUGCAAAAAGAAUCAGAAAAAUUACAAAAAAAAGGAUUAUCUCCAUUAAAUGAUAGAAGACAUUAUAAUUCUAAUAGAGUUGUAAAAUUUCCUCAAAGUUUAAUAUUUUUAGAAGCUGCUGCACGAGGAGAUCUAGAUGAAGUUCGUGAAUUACUUAGCAGUGGAGUCUGUCCAGAUGUAGCCAACGAGGAUGGAUUAACAGCAUUACAUCAGUGUUGUAUUGAUAACAAUUUGGAAAUGUGUCGGUUACUUCUUCGAUAUGGAGCAAAUCCUAAUUCUCGUGACACAGAACUAUGGACUCCAUUACAUGCGUCAGCUACAUGUCAUCAUACAGAGAUGUGCAAAAUUCUAAUUGAUCACGGUGCAGAUCUACUAGCUAUGAAUGUUGAUGGUAAUAUGCCUUAUGAAUGUUGUAUGCCUGGACCAACACUGAAUUUAGUAGAAACCGAAAUGGAUAAAAGAGGCAUAACACAAGAAGAAAUAGACGAUUGGCAUCGGGUGCCAGAAUGUGAAAUGCUUGCAGAUAUGGAAGCCUUAUACAAAGCUGGUGCAGACCUUGAUCGACUAGAUGCACAAGGAGCAUCUAUGUUACACAUCGCAGCUGCUAGUGGCUUUGAAGAAGUUGUUUUGUUUUUGUUAAAACGAGGAGCAAAAAUUGAUCUUCUUGAUAAAGAUGGUUGGCAAGCAAUACAUAUUGCAGCUUGUUGGUGUCAAUUAGAAAUUGUUGAAUUACUUGUUAAUUUCGGUGCAGAUAUACUAGCUGAAACUAAAAAUGGUGAAACAGUAUUUGAUAUAUGUGAAGAUAUUGAAAUGCAUACACGUCUAAUUGAAAUUAAACAAGAAGUAGAAAGAAAAAAAUCUCAACAACAAGAUUUACUUAAUAAACCUGGUAAACCGCGUGAAUUAGUACGUCGACGUAGUAGUACAAAUCCAAGAAGUGCAUCUAUUCGUCGAACAAGUAUGAGAGAGAAAAAAAUGAUCUCUUGGAAAGAAGCUAAACAAGAGGCUGAAAUGCGUGGUGUAGCUACAGCAUCAUCAGAUGAAAAGAAUACAUCAAAACCUUUAAGUCCUAUACCCAAUGGAUCUACAGAUCAUAUUCAUCAAAAAUCUACAACCUAUCCAGAAUCCCAUGAACUUACUAGUCCCAAAACUAUUCGUGGUUCCACACGUAGUUCACAUCCCGGUCAUUCCUCAAAAUCUUCAAUCCCACCAACAUCGUCUCCAAUUUUAGCUGGUGUAGUAACGCAUCAUGGUAGCUCUUGGUCAGGCAAAGUACAACAAAACGACACUGUUACUGAAGUUAACGGUCCUACACCAUCACCUAAUCUUCGUAAUUCAUCCAGAAUGAAAGAUAAAGAGGUCAACCUAUCCAAGCGCAACAACCCACAGUCUACACUAAAUAACGACUCUGGUCCAAUAGGUGUUGUCAGUCCAUCUCCUGUUGCACCUCAUCGUACAGGUCAUGAUAAAGAAAGAACUGUCAGAGUUCCGUCGGGUCCUGUACAAAAUCCUGAAAAUGUCGGCACAUUGACACGACGACCUCAACAGACAGAAUACGGAAGUAAAUCUCCACCAAUCAGCUCACCCGACCUAUCAUCUCAACAUCAUACUCUAAGUCCUCAACUACGUCAGUCAAAAAGUAGAACAAUAUCUGGCGUUGAAGGGUUAGCUAUUCCAGAUCAGUCUGGCACUCACCUUAGGGCUCGAGUAAGUAGCCAUGAUAAUGCAUACGCAUCUUCUCUUCCUCGACGCGAUAACAAUAACCAGACGACUGAUUUAAACAAUCAACCGGUUCGUGGAGAAAGACGUUCCUCCACAAGGAAGAAAAAACCAAUAUUAUCAGAGCAAAAGCCAUCAAGAAAUGACAAUAGAGAAACUGAUAUUUCAGUACAUAAUGCAUAUUGUGCACUGCCGUCUAAUAAUCCGUUUCAAAACAAUCAACUUCGUAAUGAAGAAAAUCAUCCUGACAGCCAAAAUAUUAUUCUACGUUCUCCAAACAUCAAUCGCAAUGAUGUUAAACAAACAACUAGAAGUAGAAUUACUUCAGGUCAACAAAGUGGUUCAGGACAAGUUGUACAUGCUACAGCAUCUCUACCAAGAAGGGAGUUAAUCAAUUAUGGAGAUGAUUUAGGCUCCAGACCGAGUGGUAAAUGUUGUGUAAUAAUGUGAUCAAACAAUACUUAAUCAUAACCAUUCUUUCCAUUUUAAAUCUAUCAUACAUUGUCUAUUUUACAAUCACGAACCUUUCCAUAUAUACAUAUGUAAUCCUGUAACAACAACAAAAUCAGAAUUCGCUAACUCAGUGAUAUAUGCAAACAAAGCGUCUGACCUAUCUCAUAUUAUCAUAAUCUUACUGAAACCAUCAAAAUAUUGUACAUAUCUAUUCAAACUCCAUUUUUUCUCCUCUUUGUUUUUGCUUGAUUCUCUUUUUACCAGUUUUUUUCCUUAUCUAUACAGUUACCAAUUGAAUGAAAUAAAAAAACAAACAGUAAACAGAUUACUUCAUCACGUCCAAGUUUGAUGUUUUCACAGUCUUAACUUACCAAAUCAAAAUAGUAUUUUCUAAGUUUAAUGAUUUUAAUUUUGUUCAUGAAUUUAUUUAUUUAUUUUCAGUUACAUUUUUUCAAAAAUUAGAAAAUGAAAAAAACAUUACCGUGUUUACUGAAUUCAACAAAAUGUCAUGUCCAUGUAUUUAUAUGUAUGAAUGACUGAUUUUGGCCACAAUACCCUUUUAUAUAUGGUUGUUUAGUGAUAUCCAGAGUAUUAUCUGAUAAAAUUUUAUGUAAUGUAUAAGAAAAGCAACAAAUUGAUUAGGUUAUCUAUUUGUUUGUUUGUUCUUUUUUAAGUCUGAUAAACUUAUUUUUAUUUUCUCGUACUUGGAACACUGUUUACCUUUAAACAUCAUAGCAUAUUUGCUUCAUUGUCUUUUUCUACUUCCACGAAUACGACUAUACUUCAUCAUAGUUAAUAAACAUUGAAUUAUUAAGAU